ACACUGGUAUAGUGACGUAUCAAUUUCUUCAAUAAAAGUGGGCCGUAUCGGUAUUGGUUUUGCCGUCAAUUAGGUUUCUUUAUUAAUUUAUAUAGUUACUUCACAAUAAUGGAUGAAGAAUAUGAUUGCAUUGUCUUGGGCACUGGCCUAAAAGAAUGUAUUCUCAGUGGAAUGUUGUCGGUGUCGGGAAAAAAGGUAUUACACGUCGAUCGAAACAAGUACUACGGCGGAGAGUCUGCUUCAAUUUGCCCUUUGGAAGAACUUUUCUCGAAAUUUGGAGUUCCUCCUCCAGAUGAGUCGUACGGCAGAGGUAGAGAUUGGAAUGUUGAUCUGAUUCCAAAGUUCCUUAUGGCCAACGGAAUGCUAGUUAAACUACUCAUUCAUACGGGCGUUACACGAUAUUUGGAAUUCAAAUCUGUCGAAGGAAGUUACGUCUACAAAGGGGGCAAAAUAGCUAAGGUUCCAGUUGACCAGAAAGAAGCUUUAGCCUCUGAUUUGAUGGGAAUGUUUGAAAAACGUAGAUUCCGUAAUUUCCUCAUAUACGUUCAAGAUUUCCAACCCGAUGAUCCAAAGACAUGGAAAGACCUUGAUCCCAAUACUCAAAAUAUGCAGGCUCUAUAUGAAAAAUUUGGCCUAGAUAAGAACACCCAAGAUUUUACUGGACAUGCCUUGGCUUUACACAGAGAUGAUGAUUAUUUAAACAGACCCGCUGUGGAGACUAUUAACCGCAUUAAAUUGUAUUCUGAUUCACUAGCCAGAUAUGGAAAGUCUCCAUAUUUGUAUCCCAUGUAUGGAUUGGGUGAAUUACCUCAAGGUUUUGCUAGAUUAUCGGCAAUAUACGGAGGUACCUACAUGUUAGACAAACCUAUUGAUGAAAUAGUCUUAGGCGAAGGAGGUAAAGUAGUUGGGGUGCGUUCUGGCAACGAAAUAGCUAAAUGUAAACAGGUAUAUUGUGAUCCUACUUAUGUCUCUGACAGAGUACGCAAGAAGGGAAAAGUCAUCAGAUGUAUCUGCCUUUUGGACCAUCCAAUUGCUAAUACAAGAGAUGCACUAUCGACUCAGGUUAUCAUUCCUCAAAAACAAGUUGGUCGUAACUCAGACAUAUACGUCUCUGUAGUCAGUUACACUCAUCAAGUAGCUGCCAAAGGUUGGUUCAUAGCCAUGGUGUCUACAACCGUGGAAACCGAAAAUCCAGAAAUCGAAAUAAAACCAGGUCUAGACCUCUUAGGAAUCAUUCGUCAAAAAUUCGUCUCUGUGUCUGAUUACUACGAGCCAACAGAUGAUGGUCUUCAAUCCCAGAUUUUCAUCUCCCAGUCUUACGACGCAACCACCCACUUCGAGACAACCUGUCUGGAUGUAUUGGAUAUCUUCAAGCGCGGUACGGGGGAAGAAUUCGAUUUCUCCAAAAUUAAACACGAAUUGGGAGACGAAGAACAAUAAAAACCCAAACAUUGCAACUCAAUGUUAUGGUGCAGUUAUCUAGGUAAUAAUAUAUGUGGAACUUUUUUUGAUAAUUGUCUAUUUGUUUAAUAGAAAUGGCUAUGUAGUCUUUAAAAGUUCAUGAUACUCUUUUUUUAAUCUGAUAUUCAAUUUUUGGUACCCAGAUAAUCAGGCAGUUUUUAGUUAGCUUUUGUAUGAUGUCACACAAAGGAGAUAUUAAGUUUUAUUUCUAUUUUUUUAUGCAUUAUUUCUUCGUGGUAUUUCUAAAUACUUUCUACCAGAAAACAAGCUUAAAAUACGAACAUUAUAUUUUUGUUUGCAAAAAGGAAUUUAUGUAAGUUAGACAUAAGUUGUGAAAUUGUAUUUAUAUGAAUAUAUAGCUUUAUGUUUUAGUUAGAUGCAUGUCUGAAUCAUUGGUGAUAAGGCACUUUAAAAGAAAUGGUGUAUCUUUGUGAUUUGAUUAUAUAUAUUACCAGAAUAAAAGUGGGUUAAAAUGU